GUCUAAUAUCUAUACUUGGAGAGAAGUACACACUGCCUUCUGGUGGCUCGCAUAAAAGUUGUUUCCAUAAUAUCGGUGGUAGGCAUGCAGGAGACUUGGCCUUGUUAGUACAGUGACUGCUGAUUGAAUAUUCUCGCAUGUCUAUUAUUUCAAGGUGAUGAUUAACUUGACGACCUAACACUAUGAUAUUUGACUUCUACUUGUUUCCCUCGGAUACCACCUACUAAUCACUCGUGCCUUUGUCUUAUCCACGACUUGCACCACUCCUUCUAGUAGCAUAUUACGAGGGUUUACACACACAUUUUCACACGCAAUUUUUUAAGACGCGGCCUAUCCUAUCCUAAGAAAGAUGGAUCUCGGCAAUAUUUUUCAGAAAAGUGUGCAUGAUGUUGGACAUCUGCCUUUCGCUCUCGUCGUGGAUCGGUACAUCCGGCUUAUCGGAAUUCCUGCAGAAGCGCUGCUCACCUUCCUCUGGCUCAUCGCCAACAUAGGCUUUUCUUAAGACUGCAUGAGCAACCAAUUAGUUCAGUACUUAUAAAGUUAUACACCACUGACUCCUACUACGAACAUUAGAACGACGUAGAAGUAGUUUCUUAAAAUGACUGAUCAGCUUGUUCCUUUCUUAGACUUUUCCACAUUGGAAAGACGUAGAAGUCGUUACUUCCUGUGGCUCCACGUCGGUCACCUUUGCUUUAUCUCGCGAGAGGACUCGAGGAACAAGUAGAAUGACCAUAGAAAUAGUAUUAAGUUGUGGUCCUCUGUCUAUGGCUAUGCCAUUAACCUAGUACUUUCUUGUUCACAUCAGGUUUAAUGUCAGAGUAUCUCUAGAUUUCGAUUGCCAAGUUACACUUGUAGUUAUACUUUAUUACCUAAUAGGCCCCGAAAGCUCUAAUUCUUUUCAUUGUUCCUUGUCCUACGCAGACGUGGCAACGAUGAAGCCCUGUGGUCGGAAGCUUCUUCGGUGUUUGGAUGUCAAGCGAAGGGUGAUAGUGGUUGGACACUCGUGGAUGAGGUGCCUCGAAAAGCCAGCAGUGGUGGCGGGAGCAACACUGACGCGACUUCAGGGAAAAGCUUCAAUUAAGGCUUCGUCUUCUAAGGUUAAUGAAGAUCCUUGAUUGAUUUGGAUACAUUCCCGUUGACGUCUUUUAAAGUUAAUCUCACUUUUGCUCAGUUGAUAUCAAAUGUGCAUCAACAUUCUAACUCCAUUUCGAUUCAAAAGUUGAUGCCCUGUUUACGAGGCAAGAUGCGAGUGCGAAAACGGUUGUCCUACUACGCGUAUUCUUUGCCCUGACCUUGGGCCUCUUUGCAGUGUGGUUGGUAUACUCGGGGAGUUUUUUGCAACCGUUGGUUGCCGUCUUGCUCGUGGCUUCUGUAGCGGUGCUGUACCUGCCACCGUUUGUGAUUUUAUGAUUCUGGGGACGACGUACUGGGAUUGAAUGUGGAGGUAAAAAGCAGAAAGCGAAACUCUGCUUAUCUUGACUUUGUUGUAGAGGUUUUGGGAAAGACAGAAAUUCAAGUUCCUCUGUCAGCAGAAUUUCUAUCCUGCCACCAACAUUCGUAUUGCAUAUUCUAAUCUGCCUAUUCUAAUGUUCUAAUUCCCCUGAUAGAGAGUCCUCUACACAGCAUUUACUCUAUUUAUUGAAAUACUGACUUUGAAAAGUCUUCGGUAUACCUUGAUAUUCUAAGUCUCCUAUUCUCCGCAAUGAGUUUAUUGUUUUGGUGCCACAUGCGAGUGCGUGGGUCGGCUGGAAGGGAGCUCGCCGCAACAGAGGGUUCGGCGGAUCCAAGCGGCGUUUUCAUGAUGUUGGUCGUGCGACUAUCUCAAGUCGCUUUUGAACUGGCAGAUGGAAAAACAGUGAGGAAGGGGAAGUUAAGGACGAUAGUUUCUCUGCGGUUUUGACACAAUAGUGAUUGAGUAAGCACGACAAUGUUUUUUACGUUAAAUUCUAUUCCUAAAACUGCUAAGAAAGGAGAUGCACAAGGUGCCUAAGAUCGCCGCACAGCGACUCUCGCGUGCAGUGGUGCCACCAAGUGAACCAACGCCAAUCUGGAUCCUGUUUUUUUGUGCCUAUGUCUUCUUCUUUCCGGGAAUCUUAACCGGACCAGCAGGCGGCUUCCGAGAUUUCCUCGAAUUUUUACUAGAUCCACCUCCAGAACCAUCAGCAUCCAAGAAUCACGGUGAAGAAGGAGGAGGCCAAAAAAGAGAGGAUGAUGGAGAUAAUGCACAUGGAGGCAGUAGCAAUAAUGCUGGGUCGUCUGGGACUGCAUCUGGGGAGAUAACGACAACUUCUUCCACGACGAGUGCAUCAGACCAAGCCGGUUCGUCACAGGUAAACGUAAACACGACUAAACCAUCAACUGUGGAAGUUUUUGUGCCUCUUCCGGACCUUCGUACUGCUCGGAGAAGAAAAGUUUUGUUGCUUCUCCUGCAAGCGGCUGGCUGUUUGGUGGUUUAUCAGCUGCAGGGUGCUAUAUUUCCGGUUAGCAUAACUGCAUUGAAAAAAACGUUGCCGGAUCUGCCGCUAAUCCUACGUUUGUUAGGGCAAAAAGAAAGAUUGUACUACCCCUUUUUAACCACGACGAUCUUGUUCAAAUAGAGAAGGAUGUCAACACAUCAGACUACCUUUCGACACUUCUAGCUGUUGAUUAAAUAAAAUAGGAACAAGUGAGUCAUUUCCAUGACACAUUUCCAUUCUAAUUUUGCUUUACAUAACGGCUGCCGUGGACAUGUUCCGAUUCAAGUACUACCUAGUGUGGACUAUGGCUGACGCAGCGUGCGUCGCCUCUGGAUAUUCAGACCCGAAGAUGGUGACCAGGCCUCUAGAUACAACAACAACGUCAACGAGUACAACAAGUUCUGCGGGACCUCCAGAUCUCGAGGUUGGUGCUCUAAUGAAAGUUUCCAAUACUGCGGGACUAUCUUUGGGAGUAGAUGAAUUUCAAGACUCUUCUUCCACAACUGUGAUGAAGCGCACAAAAAGUACGUCUUCUUACAGAGUAGCACUAGCAACAAAACAGCUCUUCAGAAAGGGCCAGAACACAGACAUUUGGCAAGUAGAAACGUCGCGUGACAUCAAGGAGAUGGUCGCUGGCUGGAACCAAGUGGCGUCACAAUGUUAAGGCUACCGCUGAAGCAUCCUCACACACUGCCAUCGUUGGCCCGUUUUCUCCUUGAAAACGAAGCCAAGGAUGGCGUCAGGGAUGCAAACGUGGCAGCUCUAACAAUGGCUGCAAUGCUGCGUGUAUGAACGAUGUCUAGACAUCGUUCCCAACAAGCUUCUGGCGACACUGGUGACCAGGGUAUUCUCGGCACUUUGGCAUGGCGUGUGGGCUGGUAUUUUUAUCCUGUAUGAUGAAAAAUUCUCGAUGCUGGAUACUAUACCUUAUACUUCCGUCAUACGGGGUACUAGAAUACUCUUUUUGAGAACUCAAGCUAACAUAAGUCCAAUAUCACAUCAAAUAACUCAGGUUAUUAUCUCUUUUUUGUGUCAACGGUGGCAAUUACGGUCUUCGAUAUGCGUUUAGCACUCCUUUGGAAGCCACCGCCUACUGGUAAAAGUCUAGAAAGUCCCACGGCCUUCUUCAGCAGUGUCUCAAGAUGGCUGCUACAUGCGAUGCUCUUUAACUUAUGAGGAAGAUCAUUUUGUAGAUGCAGCUUCACUGAAUCGUCUUCAAAGCACAAAGUUCUAGGCUCAGAAAGAUUCUGUUCGUUUGAGAAGAUAGCACGUCCUCUGGUCUUCCACGGUCCACCUCAUAUUCAAUAAGCAGCGAGCUUCGCUUGUCUUCUUGUUCCUCUCAACUGGACUACUUAUAAUUCAGAGCCUUCCUGACGUAUCUAUUGAUUCGACGCGUUUUUGUACUAGUUCCUCAACGAAGAUGAACUCUAGUUCUCUUCAUUGUGCCUGUAGUUCUUGGCAACUUAUCAGUUACUAGUUCCUCAACGAACUCACUCUAAAAGCGAACUUAGCAGUCGCCUUCUGCGUAUUGACGUGGCAGGACACGCUUUACGUCUGGCAGAUGGUGGCCUAUACUCCUCACAUUUUUAUCACCGUCUUCGUCGUGGUAUCCUAUUUGUUGCCUGGAUUUGCGAGCAAGAAGGACGGAGGAGAAAAUAAAGUGAAGAAAAGCUAAGGAGCUUCAGGAGAGCAAAGUGGAAGCUUCAGAAAAGCUAAGAAGCUUCAGGAGAGGCAAGGCAGAGGUAGAUGUGGAUUUGGAUAUUAGUGGAGGCUGUAAAAGAAGUGGUAGUUGCAACCUGCCGCGAGGUAGUCGAUGAAGCAUCAAGGUCGCGUGGAGAAGACGAAAAGACAAGAAAAGAAGAGAAGUCAUACUGUUAAAUCAAGGCAGGGUGGUCAAGUACAGCUUCAACACCACAUGAAUGUCGUUGUAGGUCAUUAGAAUGGUCAAGUAUAAUGAUCACUGUCAGCACAUGCUCAUGGUUAUCAGCAAAAUUCCAACUGUUGUGUCUUCAGCAUUGCGAUGCCUUUUUGUGUAUACUGAAUGUUCUGCAGUACGACUGUGUUGAUGCCUUUAUUCUUACACCAUACUUAAAAUGUUAUAGUUUUUUCCCUCAUAUCCUAGGGUCUACCCCACAAGGCACGAUAUGUACAUUUUGAGACGAGGUUCUUUCGAAGAAUUGUAAUCGACCUUGAUAAAAACAUUGACAUAGUUUUGUGUGGCGAGAGCAAUCGACAUGUGCCUCGCCUUUGCGGAGGUGCUUUUUGUGGAGGAAACAGCAAGUUCUAGGUACUCUGAAGGGAG